AUGGUUUUUACUAUACCCCAAGUUGUUGCAAGUGGAAGUUGGGCACUAAGCGAAGCUCUCGGUAUAUGGGCUGCAUUAACGGCUGGUGCAAAGAGCGGUGCUGUUGGCGAACUACCGUUCUCAGAUCUUUUACUUGGCAUGAGCCGUGACCAGGCAACGAAUGGCGAAUCGGGCGAGAAUGUCUUUUUUGGUGUCGAAUCACGGUGGUCUCAAAUGAUGCUAAAAUCGUUCCAGGCACGUCGACUCAAGUUUUCUUACUUUUUACUUCAACCGGAUAAUCCAUUUCGAUGCGGCUGCUUUGGUUGCAGAUCGGUUUUGAAACCCAACACCCAUAUCGAACCCAACAUGUUUUUCGGUAUGAUCCCCAAUGAUGCGAUGGAAGGCGAUAGCAAAGAAGUCAUUGUGCAUAAACCCGAUUGUAUUUUACAACUUCGCAUUGAUCGUCGAGCAACCGAGUUUCUUCCAAAGGGCAUGUACGACAAAAUACACAAAUUGAGCAAUGGAGAUGCACUCAAGUUAUGUCUCAGCAUCAUCAGCAGCAUGAGUGAUGUAUUAUGUGAAUGCAAACAAGCCAACUAUUGGGAUAAACGCAUCAUUGUACGGAUACAGAAAUUGAUUGAAACCAUCAGCAACCAAGUCAUCAGUAACCAAGAAACGCCCCGCCUCAAAGAGACCAUCACAAAAUCAGAUUUCAUGCUGAACAAAAACAUUCAAGCACUAUUGGAUGGGUGUGAUGGCGAGGUGUAUUACACAGAAGGCGACCUGGAUAAUGUGAAUGUGAUGAAUGAAGUCAUGGAUCGUAUCAGCUCACGCGUACCCGGCAUGCUCGAACGAUUGGAACUCACCACUUUCAAAGUCGGCAAUGACACCUAUUCUAUCCCAGAUCUCGAACGCGCAUUCAUUAUUUGUUUCGGCAUCUUACGGGCUAUGCUCAUGUCAAACCACAUCUACAAUGGCAAAGGCUUGGUUGCUAUGGGUUACAAUAUCAAUGUGGCCCAUGAGCUUGUACAAGAUGUGUCACAAACACCAGCACAUGAUACUUCCUAUUCCUCGAGAUUGGUCAUUGAGAGCUCUACCAAACGACGCCUGAUUGAUACAUACAUCGAUGAUAGCCACGUGUUUUUCGGUUUACUCUUGGACUUUUUCUUAUCAUCAUCCAUCAUGUUACUCAGUGGUAUCGGCCCUAUUCUCAGCAUGUACGCCGCUCGGCUGUUGACAGCACCUUAUCGUGAAAGCACCAUGCGCAUGGGCACUAGCAUGUCUUGGGCUGUAUCUCGUGCGAUGCUUUAUAAUACAGGUGAAGCAAGAGAUGAUUGGAUGGCAUGCAUUUUGCCACACAAAGAGAAAGGAUGGGAUCGCAUGACUUGGUUCAAUACUCUCAACAUACUCUCCUCGUUCGGCCCGAUCUUACUAUGGAUUUUCCAUCAUCCACCAACUUCAACGAUCAGCAGCAUGGGUUGGCUUAUUAUCAGUUCAAGUAUGGCGCUUGGUAUCGUUUGGUUGCAAUCCGUCAAAUCCAUGGAAAGACAAAAGUUUUUGGAAAAGUCAAAAGCAGAACAAGAAAUGAUAUUGAGCAACAAGGGCGUAUUCAACGUGGCUCAUGUUUGUGCAGCUUCGGUAUUAUUCCCAUUGGUACUCUUCAGCAUGAAUAACAAUUGGGUAUGGCUCUAUUUGCUCGAGGCCAUUUAUACUCUUCAAUGGCUAUUUGGAGAAAUGACUAGUGAAUGGAUACAUAAGAGUACAGCUCUGUUUAUGUUGGGUAUGUUGAGUGCAGUACGCUUAUGCGAUCUCUCCUGA